AUCUUUGGCCAAAAUUUUACCAAUUACUCCUUUGUCUUAGUCUCAUUUAUGAAUCUUCUUCACUCACAUUACUUACCUAUUUGAUCUCUCACUUUGUGGUGUUAGAAUUAUUUAUUUUAGGUAGAGGACCAAAAGAAGUUUCUUACUCUCAACUGGUUUUAAAAUAUAUUUCUUACUCUCAACUGGUUUGUAUACCUUUGAGAAAUUUAACUUUGAACAAGAACAUAUCAUCUCAGAUUUAAGCAUAAAAACAAAGUAUUCAGAUUGUUGAACUUCUGCAUUAUCCUGUUGAGCUAUGGUAAGGCAACCUGAUCAACGUGUGGAACCAAUUGUGGCAUUUUCUUGCUAAUCAAUGGUGUAUCUUUUUCCUUAUUAAAAGUAGCUCCAAAGCACUCAGCCUAUGCAGUGACUUACUGUUCUUUGUUAGCAGACUUUUGGUUGAUUGUUUGGCUUUUAGAAAACAAUUCUUUGCUUGACAUGCACUGCUUAAUGUUUUUUUGUGGCUUUAUGUUGCGUUGAACUCAAUUUACUACUCCCCCAAAGGUCUACCCAGUAAAAUACGUUCUUUUGUAAUCUAAUUUUAAUGCCUUAUUCAAAAUUUUCACUCAAUCGUUUUUUUUUUUCCCUAGAAAAUGAUUCUAGUGCACAGAAUAACUGGAAAGGAGCAUGGUGGCACAGCAGCAUUAGUUCUCAAUCAGGAUUUGUGGAGGAAGACAAUCCUUACACCCCUGGUGGUCAGAAGGGAGCCUAUUACUUUGAAUUUUCUAGGCCCUUGAGAACCAUGGAUCACCUCCAACAGGAUGCUCAGUUCACCAUUGGUGGAUCAAGCAAGAUGUCUGUUGCAUUCUGGUAUCCAGUCGAUGGGAAACCCUGGCACGGGUCUGGGCACUAUUCCAUCAACUGUGAUUGGGUACCACUGGAUAUCUCUUCAGGCAGCCCUAUCUUAACCAAGUCUGCACCGAGCAGCAACCAUGACACCACCGGCACUUUUGCUCUUCUAUUCUCUGUAAUCUCCCUAUGUGUUUCUGCAUUUGUGUGGUAUCGGAUGGCGAUGCAUAGGCCCAAGAGUGUCCCGUUCACACCAAUGGAAAAUCUUUAGGUAGCAGUGUGAGUUUGUUUGCACUUCACACACUUCACACACUUCACACUCCACACCAAUGGAAAAUAGCUGCAUGAGUUUGUCAUUUGUACUGUUGAGUGGGUUUGUCAUACAGGUUUGCAGUUGUACUGUUGAUGGAAGCUUGUACUGCUUUCUUUUGUACUUCAAUUGCUUCCACUUCUCUUUCCAUUUUUUUAUUGGAAUGAGAUUUAUUAGUUUACUAAUCUCCCUUAUGCUGAAGUUUAUCUCCUGUAGUCCUGUUGGGCUUCUUCACAAGUUUUGUCGGGACUGUGUUGCAUUUCAUGAAAAGAUCAGGACUGU